GCAUGCAGUGCGGUCAGUGCGUUCAUCUCUCGCGGGAGGUUUAUAUUGCGUGAUUUUUCCGUCUCUAGAACUGCAUGCAUAGUGCAUAAAAAUAGGAUUUAUUUGCAUUUCUAAAAAAAGAAAUAUAUUAGCGUAACCUUUUCUACACCCACCAUAUUGCCGGUUAGGUUAGACUCAGCGCAAGUGGUUAAUAAAAAUCUACUUUUUACAUGAUGACUGAUGUGAAGAUACAGCACAGUUGUGAGACGGAGAACUGCCAGAAUGCGGCCACUCUACAAUGUCCCGUAUGUCUAAAGAUGGGUAUACAAGGAUCGUAUUUUUGCAGCCAGGAUUGUUUCAAAGGAUCCUGGAAAACACACAAAAUUAUUCAUGCUUUAGCAAAGGGUAAGGAUAGCGAGAAUGGUUAUAACCCGUGGCCUUACUAUACAUUUACCGGUAAACUGCGGCCGUUUCUGAAAUCUGAGAAAAGACCAGUUCCAGUGGCGAUUGCUCGUCCAGAUUAUGCGGACCACAAAGAGGGACACUCUAAAUGUGAAGAAGCGCUAAGGGGCAAUACAACUAUAAAAAUUUUGGAUGACGAAGAGAAGGAAGGCAUGCGUGUCGCUUGUCGCCUUGGCCGUGAGGUUCUUGACGAAGCGGCUCGCGUUUGUGACGUUGGAGUGACGACCGAUGAAAUCGAUCGAAUUGUACAUGAGGCUUGCAUCGAGCGGGAAUGUUAUCCAAGCCCAUUGAACUAUUAUAAUUUUCCAAAAUCUUGUUGUACUUCGGUAAACGAAGUAAUUUGUCAUGGAAUACCGGAUAUGAGGCCGCUGGAGGAUGGAGACAUUUGUAACGUUGACGUGACGGUGUAUCACCGUGGAUUUCAUGGCGACUUGAAUGAGACAUUUUUCGUGGGGAAUGUCAAAGAGCAACACAAAAAGUUAGUGCAAGUUACUUACGAAGCACUGAUGAAGGCGAUCGAGAUUGUUAAACCCGGGCAACGUUACCGCGAGAUCGGGAAUGUUAUUCAAAAACAUGUCCACGCUCAUGGUUACAGCGUAGUGAAGAGUUAUUGCGGCCAUGGUAUCCAUAGAUUAUUUCACACUGCUCCGAAUGUGCCACACUAUGCCAAAAAUAAUGCUGUUGGAGUGAUGAAAGCCGGCCACUGUUUCACUAUAGAACCAAUGAUUUCGGAAGGAACUUGGCGUGAUGUGUCCUGGCCCGACGAUUGGACUGCCGUUACAGCCGACGGUUUAUACUCGGCUCAAUUCGAACAAACGCUGUUGGUAACCGAAACUGGAUGUGACAUAUUAACCCAACGAAAAAGCGCCAACGGAAACCCCCAUUUUAUGGACAAGCUCUAGAAAAAUGCACUUGAAGUGUGUUUUAAUGUCAGGCCCCUUCCUCGGCGUUCUCGAUGCUCUAGCUUAUUUUUUCUUAUUUUCUUUCAGUCGCGUUGUAAAAAAUAAACGUUGAACUUUUUUUUCGAAAA